GCAGCAAUCCUAGCGGCAAGGGGAGAUAAUAAUUAUUAGUGCAAGACGCCAUUUUGAGCCGGUGCGUGUAUUCUGAAAAGAUGGGCGACGAAUUCGACGAUUUCGAGCGUCAGCUUGCUGAAAACAAAAAUGAAUUUGAAAAGGAAAAGACAACUACAACCAAUAGGAGACGCUCACGAUCGGGUUCAAGGCCAAGGGCUAGCUCAAACAAAAAACCCAGUGACAGAAAAAGAUCCAGAUCCCGUGAGAGAAAGAAGCGAUCUCGCAGUCGCUCACCGAAGGAAAGGCCCAUACGUCGGAGAAAGAAACCUUACAAGUAUUGGGAUGUUCCCCCUGCGGGAUUUGAACACAUGACCCCAAUGCAGUACAAAAGCAUGCAAGGUAGUAGUAACGGACAGAUUCCCCAGACGAUCACCGUCCCAAAUGUAGCACUCACUAAUACCACAGUACCCUUUGCUGGAAGUGCAAUCAGCCGUCAAGCCCGGCGUCUGUAUGUUGGCAAUAUACCAUUCGGUGUGACAGAGGAAGCCAUGAUGGACUUCUUUAAUCACCAGAUGAAGAUGACAGGACUUGCACAGGCAGAUGGCAGUCCAGUCAUUGCAGUCCAAAUUAAUCUAGACAAGAAUUUUGCGUUUUUGGAGUUCCGUUCAGUAGACGAGACAACACAAGCUAUGGCGUUUGAUGGAAUAAAUUUCCAAGGCCAAUCAUUAAAGAUAAGGAGACCCCGGGAUUAUCAGCCCCUACCUGGCAUGGCAGAAACGCCCACAGUAAAUGUUCCAGGAGUGGUGUCAACGGUCGUGCAGGACUCCCCUCACAAGAUCUUCAUUGGUGGCCUACCAAAUUACCUUAAUGAAGACCAGGUCAAAGAACUACUCACAUCAUUUGGACCUCUCAAAGCUUUCAACUUGGUGAAGGAUAGUGCUACCGGAUUGUCCAAGGGCUACGCAUUCUGUGAAUAUGUGGAUGUCACCAUCACAGACCAGGCAUGUGCAGGGUUGAAUGGUAUGCAACUUGGAGACAAGAAACUUAUUGUCCAGCGAGCUAGUGUUGGUGCCAAGAAUGCUCAAGCUCCAGUACAGUUACAGAUCCCUGGCCUGAAUAUGACCCAGGGAUCGGGGCCAGCUACGGAGGUUUUGUGUCUCAUGAACAUGGUCGCACCAGAGGAGUUGGAAGACGAAGAGGAGUAUGAAGAUAUCUUGGAAGAUGUAAAGGAGGAGUGUGGAAAGUAUGGCAUUGUGAGAAGUAUAGAAAUCCCCAGGCCUAUCAAGGGCGUGGAAGUUCCAGGCUGUGGAAAGAUAUUUGUGGAGUUCAAUUCUAUCAUCGACUGCCAGAAAGCGCAACAAGCUCUUACAGGGAGGAAGUUCUCUAAUCGUGUGGUGGUCACUUCGUACUUUGACCCAGACCAAUAUCACCGAAGGGAAUUCUGAAUUUCAUCCAUUUAACAUUCAAUAAUUAGUUACAUGAACUCUAAAAUGUCUGCCCAUUUGUUUGAAGACGACUGAGGCAGUUAUUGAUUACUUCACACGAAAUGUGUCGGACCUGUUAAUAUUGCAAUUGUGUCAUAUGUGGCAUACUAGGUAUAGAUUUAAUAUUGCAUCACAUUACACAUUAUCAAUUCCAUCUUUGUCAUACUUAUGUCCAAUUUUUUCACUACAAAAUACCAAUGCCGAUUUUCAGUUUUGAAAGGGCAAAGCUAUCCUGUAUUGAAAUUAAAAGAAAUUUUUGGUGAAUAUUAUUAAUGAUGAUACAAAGAAGUUUUUCUAUUUUGUUUCUUAAAAUCAUCAUGAAUAAAAUAUCAAUUUGAAAC